AUGUAUGUCACUCCAUCAAUUUAUUGGGCAAGAGUUUGGUGGGAUCAGCCAAUUUUCGUCCAGUUCUCCAAUGCGGCCUUUUAUCUGCACGGGGCAAAUGAUAGUGCCUAUAGUCUGCAAAUUAUGAUUCUUGUUAUGAUAUUUGUCGUUUUGGCCUUCGUUGUGAAUACAGCAACAGGGAUCGCUCUUUGGCGACAUUUCAGUCGAAUGAACAACAAAACGCGAAAAACUGAGAUUCGUUUCUAUGCAAUGUCGUUGAUCAUGUUCUUGACGCAAGUCAUGGCUGUGGGCACACAGUUCCUUGCCUCCUAUCUACCUCAGUCUAAUUUGCAAUAUUGGAUUGUUGAGGUGGGACCGAUUUUUGGCGAUUUCAACUGCUUCUUUCCUCUCUAUUUUUUAAUUGCGGUUAGUAAUGAAUGGAGAGCGAUGGUGUUUGAAGAAAGUAAGCAACCAUUAGUCUCAUCGUCAGUCCGGUCGGGCACGUUAUCGACGGCCAUUUCGAGGAAAAGUACGAAUUGGGAAAAGAAUGGAAAAGAGACGAUCGUUGAC